CAGAACACAAAGUGUGUGAGAGAGCGAGAGAGAGCGAGAGAGAGAGAAUGUGAGGCACGGAGAGCGUAUGUGAGUGCCUGUGAGAAAGCAGAAACAGCACACAGUGGAAUACUGCUCAGUAACUGACGGCUGAAGUGGGAACUUCCUAAUAAUCAGGGGACCUGGAGAACCUGUCACUUGUCAAAUAGGAAAGAAAACAAUGUAGGCUCUGUUGAGGCUGGAUUAAAGGGCUAAAGGAAUAAGGAAGAAAAAAAGAAAAAAUGGAAGAAAAGUAGAGGGUGACUGUUUUUCCCAAACUAGGAUUUUCCAUCCAUCACAUCUGGCAAAACUCGUCUCCCUCCCAGCUCAGAGAACGGACCUGGCUGGAAGUGUGUGUGUGUGUGUGUGUGUGUGCGUAUAUGUGUGUGAGUGUGUGUGUGUGUGACUGAGAAAGAGAGAGAUAGUGUGUGUGACACCUGUCGUCACUCAUCAUGCUUCUGAAUCAUUUCCAUAGUACUCACACACAGCUGUAAACCCUAGCAGGAGCAGCAAAGACACCUGAGGAUUAUCUGACACACACACGCACAUCUCAUGUCUAAUCUUCUCCAUCGCUAAGAUGACGUAAGGAUUUAACCGAGCAAACGGUGCCAUCUGACAGCGUGGAUACCUUUCUCACCAAACUGGCAUGCUAGAGUUGAGCACAUUCUAAUGAUUCUACUUUCCUGAAUCCAAAUGGAUUCAACCUCUGAUCAACAGGUGAUAAUGUGGACCUGAGAAAAGGAAUGAAUGUGAGAAAUAGAGCUUAGGGUAAUUGCUCUCUGGUUUGGGAUACUUGCAACAGAGCGAAAGUCAUAGACCUCUAUUGUUUUGUGGCGUUUUUUUGACACGUUGCUCUGAGCACGAUGGUGGAGACCAUGUGGAGACUUUUAAGGACCCGACACAUCCCUUUUGCUCCUCUCUUGUAAGAGACCUGUAGGAGUAAGUGUGUUGUUGUAAUUAAAGUGCUGGAGGUGUAUGGGAACUGACAUAAUGAACCUGCACGGGAACGUAUCGGAGUUGAUCUCAUCUGCUGUCAAAGCUGUAACUAUUCCGCCCUUUAACCCUGAACCUUGGCUUCCCGGGUCAAAGGGACUUCUGGGAAAUGGAGGCAGGAAUUUUUCAAACGGGUGUAACAGGAAUGAAGACGCCGAUGUGAAUUACUUUCCAUCAGGCAACUGGACUCAUGGCGUCAGGGGUUACAGUGAGGAAGGGAGGAUCCUGGCAUCAUCGCUGUGUGCAACGGGGAUGAUGGCAGUGGACAAGAACUGGGCAGCGUUGCUGAUCCUGGCGGUAAUCGCCGUUACGGUGACGGGUAACAUCCUGGUUAUCAUGGCUGUGUCUCUGGAGAAGAAGCUCCAGAAUGCCACCAACUAUUUCCUGAUGUCGCUGGCCGUCGCUGACAUGCUUCUGGGCAUCCUGGUCAUGCCCGUCUCCAUGGUCACCAUUCUCUAUGACUACUGGUGGCCCCUGCCCUCUGACCUGUGCCCUGUCUGGAUCUAUCUGGAUGUGCUGUUCUCCACAGCCUCCAUUAUGCACCUGUGUGCCAUCUCUCUGGACCGCUACAUUGCCAUCAGAAACCCCCUCCACCACAGCCGCUUCAACUCCCGAACCAAGGCCCGCCUCAAGAUCAUGGCUGUCUGGACCAUCUCUGUGGGUAUCUCCAUGCCCAUCCCCGUCCUAGGCCUGCGGGACCACACCAAGGUGUUUAAAGAGGGCAGCUGCCUGCUGACAGACGACAGUUUUGUCCUGGUGGGCUCCUUCGUGGCCUUCUUCGUCCCCCUCACCAUCAUGGUGGUCACCUACUUCCUCACCAUCAGCGCCCUCCAGAACGAGGCUACCCUCUGCCUGGACCAGCUGGUGCCCCGGCCCAAGAGGAUCGCCACCCUGACACUGGGCUUCCUCCCGCAGGGCUCACUCUCUUCAGAGAAGCUCUUCUUCAGGCGUUCGCUCAGCCGUGACACGGGAGGGGUAGGAGGAGGGGUCGGCGGGGCCGGUGUGGACCCGCGGUACGGGCGUCGCACCAUGCAGUCAAUCAGCAACGAGCAGAAAGCCUCCAAGGUCCUGGGAAUGGUCUUCUUCCUGUUCGUGGUCAUGUGGUGUCCCUUCUUCAUCACCAAUGUGUUGGCGGUGGUGUGCGACCCUGUGAACUGUGAUCCGGGGGUGAUGGGGGGGCUGCUGAAUGUGUUUGUGUGGGUGGGAUACCUCUCCUCAGCCAUCAACCCUCUGGUGUACACUUUGUUCAACAAGACGUACCGUGCAGCCUUCUCCCGCUAUGUACGCUGCCAGUACAGCCCGGAGAGGAAGCCUCUGCAGCUCAUACUGGUUAACACCAUCCCUCCACUGGCCUACAACUCCACCCACCUGCCCCUGGAGGAAAUGGGGUCCCUCGGGAAUGGGGUCCACAGCGGUGGAGGACCCAGGGACUCCCUACGAAACCUUGUGAGGACCAAAUCAAACUCAGACAAACACAAAGCAACCAGGGACAAAGAUGAGAGCAUCAGCUGUGUGUGAGGCUGUGAGCCUGUAAGGACUCAAUCUCCCAUAAUCCUAGUGGAAUGUGCUGGGUUUUUAUUAGAUUUCCCAUCUCAAUCUUGUUUUGGGAGGGAAACACUGGGAACGGGGGUUCCUGUGCUGGAGCAUGCUCAGUAGUUGCAUGGUGAGACUCAUGCUGCCAGGAAACAGGGAAAUAGGAAACAGGAAGAACAGAGAGAGGAAAGACAAUACCUGCCUCACAAACACUUAAACUAGUAACACCAGAAGAGAACAACUGACCUAAUACUAUAUUAUCAGCAACCGCCAGCCCCCCCCCC